UGUCUGAAAAAUUGUAUUAAAAAAAAAAAGAAUAAAAGUUAAAUUACAAAAGAUAAUUCAUAAUCAUGCAUUUGGAUGUUUCCCAUGUGUUGCAACAACGCAUCCUUCUGGUUCUUAUUCCCCUCUGAACUUUCCUUGUCUUGAAGAAGAAUCAAAAUUCAGCGCCACACAAACCAAAAAGAAAUGGAUUAUUCCUCUUACACACAACAAGACGAUCAACAAUACCAAAAUCAAGAACAACGACAACAAGAAUCAUACGAUUCAUCGCAAUUCCAACAACAAUCCUAUGAUAAUCAAACCUCGUCCCAACCCUACUAUUCCUACGCCCAUAAUCAACAAUACCCAUAUUACCAUUCCUCCCAAGAUUACUCCAAUUCCUAUGCCCAUCACCAAUUCCCCCACGAACCCACUUCGAUUCACCCUCCCGGAGUCCCAAUUCCGCCCCCGCAGCCGGAGCAAACCGAUCCGCAGAACCAGCAAAACGGUUACUAUUACCCGCAUGGGGCCGCGGAGAGUCUUCCGCGUUCGGGUUCGAAUUCCGGUUUGAAUUUCGGGUUGAACCCGUCUGCGGCGGCGGCGGCGGCAGUGGCGGCGAUUUCGCAGCUUGCGCAGUUCCCGGGGAACGUGGAUGCUGCGCAGAAUUCUUUGCAUGUCCCGAUUGGGUAUACUCCAUCUAGAGGAGGUAGAAGGGGCAAUAGGCCCUUCAGAGGGGGUCGGGGCCAUUUUGGUCGCCAUGGUCCUAGACCGGAUGGCUCCGCACCCUCUUCCCGUGGCAGGGGACGUGGCCAGGGUGGUGGUAGGCACUUUGCAUCGCAUGGUGCUGUAUUGACCAAUCCAAAUUCAGCAUCCGUACCAGCUGAAGGUGAAGCUGCUUUUGUGCAGCAGCCUUCAGUAUCGGUUCCUGGUCAGGCGCCAUUGCCUGUACCGGCACAAGUGCCUGCUGCUCCAUUCUGGCAGCCUCCCCACAUGGCAUGGUGUGAACUUUGUAGGGUUGACUGCAACACUCUGGAAAUACUCGAGAAGCAUAAGAACGGAAAGCGACAUAAAAAGAAUUUGCAGGUUUUCGAGGAGUUGCAGAAACUCAACAAAGUCACUACUGGACAGCAGAAUGCACAAAUGCCCAACACUGAAUUAAAAACCGAUGUUGGUCAGCCUGAGAAAGUUGAUGCAAACCAACCCUUAUCAGAAACUACUUCUCAAGUUAACACUAAUGAUUAUAGCAAUGAAACAGACCAACAAUGUGCUGUGGGGGGCACUUCUGAAGCUUCGGCAGAACCAGAGAAGAUACAGCAGGAUCAAUUUCCAGCGAGGGCACAUGGUUCUAAGCGCAAGAUGAGAGGCGGCCGAGGGGGUAAGUACUUGAGAGGUAAUGAAGGAUCAAGAAGACCAGUUAAGCCUCCCAAACCAAAACAGAUGAUUCCUUUAAUAUGCGAGCUGUGCAAUGUAAAGUGUGAGUCACAGGUUGUGUUUGACAGUCAUUUGACUGGUAAGAAACACCAAUCAAACCUCAAGCGCUUUCAUGGCCACCGAGCUAUGUAUGGAGAAGCGGGUGUUCAAGCACUCUAUCCACCUAACUUCAAUGCUCCAUCCACUUCACUCGCCCCUCAAGUUCAGCAAGUCGUUAAUGACCCUCAGGUUCUCCUGGCUCAGCUUCUGAUGACUUAUGUGCUUUCUCAAGCCCAAGCACCAGGGACGUUGGGGGUCACCCCAGCACCAGGGACGGUGGGGGUCACCCCUGCACCGGGUUCAAGUUCGGGAACUCAGAACCAACCCAUUUCGCAGACUCAAGGAACUGAAUUGACACUAGAAGGUGGGAACCAAAAUGCUCCUACGGCCGUGACAAAGAGUGAGCUGCAAUCCCUGACCACAGAGUUCAAUGCCCCACCAGCUGGGGACACAGACGCCAAAACUGAAACUGAAACUUAUGAUGUUGCAACAAAGAAUGUAAACGUUCCCAUUGGUAAUGCAGUUACGGUUCCAGGAGAGAAUUCAGGCUUAAGCGACCAUGUUUCUGGGACGGUUUCGGAUAAAGCUGUCUCUUUGGAUCCAGUUGUUCAGCAACAAGAGCCUGAGAAUAAAGAGUCUAUUCAAUAGGCACACUUUUUCCUUUCUCAUGAGGCAACAACUCAGCUAAGAGUGCUGCUUCAGGUUAAUAUAUUGGUGAAUAUGAAUCAAUUAUUUUGCAGUUUAUAGUUCUUUACAAGGAUACUUCUGUAGUAACACACUCGCACUUCUCUUCAUUGGAGUACAGAAGAAAACUUUGUUAUUUCUUUUGGAUGUGCAUGUUCAUGAUUUCACAAUUGAGAAUCAUUUUGCUGAUUAUAUGAGGUCUUCUGUAUAAAUUUUCAGUUUCAGGGAUAUCUUUUCUAUA